AUGGACAAAAGCUGGAUGAACUUGACCAAUAGACUUCGAUCGCCUGCAUACGCCGAAGGGGUUAACACUUUCCUCAACCUGGCACGAAACCAUUCUCGAGGAAGUGAUCGCAUUCGAUGUCCAUGCCGUUCAUGUUGCAAUACUCUCUUCUUGCCUAUCUUUGAUGUGGAGACUCACUUGUACAUGAAAGGGAUCAAUCCAAAUUAUACCCAGUGGAUCUUUCAUGGGGAAGAGGAAACACAAAGUUUCAAUGACGACGAUGAUGACAGUGUUGCUGAUUAUGCCGAUGACUACAUUGAUGAUAUGGACCAUAUGUUAGAUGACAUUCGGGCAGGCCAAUUUGUUGAUGUUCCCCAAGGUUAUGAUACUCCACUAGCAACUGGUGGAUCUAUUCCAGAUCCCUCCCCAAGCCAAUCUUUUGAGCAGCUAUUAGAGGAUGCCCGACGUCCACUUUUUUCUGGCUGUACCAAAUUCUCAAAACUAUCAUUCAUUGUGAAGUUGUUACACAUUAAGACACUUGGUGGGUGGUCAAUAAAGUCGUUUGAUAUGCUACUUAAAUUGUUGCGGGCCGCCUUCCCUGAUGCUGAAUUGCCACAUUCAUAUGAGGAGUCAAGAUCAUUGGAGCGGGGUUUGGGUAUGAAUUAUAACAAAAUUCAUGCAUGUCCCAAUGACUGCAUUUUAUUCUGGAAGGAAAAUGCUAAUCUUAAUGAAUGCCCUAUCUGUAAGGCUUCAAGGUGGGUGCCUAAUACACACAGGGCUCGUCUUAUCCCUCAAAAAGUGUUGAGGCAUUUUCCUUUGAAGCCAAGAUUGCAACGUCUUUUCAUGACAGCAAAUAUAGCACGUGAUAUGAGAUGGCAUAAAAUGCAACGACCAUCCGACGAGUCUAGUAUGAGACAUCCUGCAGAUGCUGAGUCCUGGAAGAGAUUUGAUGACGACCAUAGUUGGUUCGCACAGGAUGCUCGCAAUGUUAGGCUUGGUCUAGCAAGUGACGGUUUCAAUCCCUUCAACAAUAUGGCAAAACCAUAUAGCAUUUGGCCUGUAAUCCUGGUCCCGUAUAACUUGCCGCCGUGGUUGUGCAUGAAGGACCAAUUCUUCAUUACAUCCCUCAUUAUUCCUGGGCCAAAAUCUACGUCUAAUGACAUUGAUGUUUACUUGCAACCGUUGGUAGAUGAACUGCUUGAAUUUUGGGAACAUGGGCAUAUGGGAUUCUUUCUGGGUGGUCAACAAAAGGAAAAUUGGCUUGUCCAUCUUGUAAUGAGGGCACAGACUCCAAUUGGUUGA